AUGGCUCAAGACUCAGAGGAGGACUUUUACCUGCACUGGAGACACUGCGAGACACCAGGCAUCCUGACUCUCUGCAACCUCCGGAAACUUCUCAACAAGUUCCAGCGGCAGCACAAGGACCAUGUCUGCCUGUACACAUCUGGGCACCUAAACCCCAAUAACCUCUACAAGCCCCACAGAGAGAAAGUAUCCUACUGGGCUAAUGCCCAGUCAGCAUGGCCUGGGCGAGGCAGCCCCAGGCCACCAUGUUCUCCAAAGGUGGAACAGAUGCGAGAUGCCCUGGUGCACUUCACCCUCAACACGGCAGUGACUCCCCCAGAGACCCAGGGUACCCGGCUCUUUCGCUACCUGAACCUUGCACCUCUGGCAGCCCCCCACCCUCCAGAGGAGGAGAAGGAGGCUCCUAUCCUUGAGGGUGGGCUGGGAGCAGUGUCCCCUGAAAGGUCUCACAGGGAAGAGCUAAGGUGGCCAGAGAUGAAGGUCCUGAAGAAGCAGCAGAGUGGGCAAUGCCCAGGCAGAGAUGAGUACCAGUAUAUCAGCUCCUACCUGGCUGGCGUCACCAAAUGCGACCAGUACCAGCAGUUCCUCCACUUCCAGAGAGAUGUCUUGGCCACAAAGGACCGUCUCAGCAGUGACUUCACUGGGGCCAAGAUGGUUUCGGCCCUAGAAAAGAAACUGGAAGAGGGGCUGCAGAAGGUUUGCACAUGUGAUGGACAGGACUUCAACAGGCUGCACGUGUAUAGGGAGAUCUUUGAUGCCAUCUGCCAGAGCUCGUUAAUCUUUGGGGACCUCCUACAAGAGAUCAAGAAUGAGUACGAACUCUACAUGAUGAUCCUCCUGCACUCUCAGCCAAUCCCCAGGUACCAGGCCUUGCGGGCCCAUGUCAAGGCCAUGAAGUCGAGGACCCUGAAGACAGAGGAAGUUGGCCAGUCCAGAGAAGAGCUGAAGGCCCUUGUGAAGGUCCUCAAAGCAGCACUGGAACACAAUGACAAACUCAGAGAAGAACUGGAUUCAGAGCGAGCCCUGCUGCAGUCAGCCAAAGAGGGUGCAGGCUCCUUUGAAAAUCAUCAAAUGGGGGAUGAAAGCCUCACUCAUGUUCAGAAAAUUGAGACAAAAAGAUGUGAAAUACUCAAGAAAUGGGAUGAACUUAAAGCCCUUGAAAAAGAUAUUAAAACAAAUAUGACUCAUACAGGAGCUUUAAAUAUUGUUGAUAAUCGGCUGAAAAGCAUUGAGGCUGAAACUCAAAAAUUGGAGAUAGAAAUUAAAAUUUUAGAGAAGAACAUAACAGAAACUUUGGAUGUUUAUUCAAGAAUUUAUGAACUCAGACAAAAUGGACAACGAUUCUGA